AUGCGACCAACUUCCUCCCUCCCGAUCCUUGUUGUCUUGGUAUCCAUCAGCCAGGCUUUCAGCACCCGCGAUCAAGAUUCUUCGGAAACCAGAGCUCUGAUGAGCCGUCAGAACGUCGAUACAUGCACAAAUGUCGACUCUAGAUUGCCAGGCGCCUUCAAGUGUGGCUCUGGUACAAAUUGUUUAUCAUUAGACAAUGGCACAUCUGCUCUGUGCUGCCCCGAUGGAAAUACUUGCAACAAUAUUGCCACCAUUCCUUGCGACGUCACCUUACAAGAUGCCUCCAAAAAUCCCGAUGCCACCAUUUUUACUACCAGAACAGGUGACAGAUUACCCACCUGUGGUUCCAAGUGCUGCCCCUUUGGAUACAGCUGCAUCGCCUCAAAUAGGGAUGAUAAUUCUGUAUGCAGUCUGAUCCUGGGCUUGAGUAAAUCAGGAAGAGAGACCACGUCUUCAGCGUCCUCAGCGUCCUCCAGCGCUCCUAGUGCCCCCACCGCGAGUUCAUCAUCCACCGCCGCAGCCACAUCUUCCAGAUCAACCACGUCCCCUCCUACAUCCUCUUCCACCGCCUCAACUGUCAUUGCUUCUGGCUCAAGUGCUACUGCCACAAAAGAGGGUAACAAAUUCCCCACGGGUAUCUUUGCCGGCGGCAUUGGUGUUGGUAUCCUUGUCGGCAUUCUUUUGGCUUUGAUCUGGGUCAUCGGUACUGGGCGGCACAAAAAGCCUGACAACAGAAAUUCGACUGGUUCUUCGACAGCUUUCAAACCGCAAAUCUCCGACCCCAUUCCAAUGCAGAGUUCCGGACGCACCGAGUUCCUCAGGAGAACUGGCCAACGCGCCAUAUCAAUCUUCUCCAGCCGCGAUUCCCAGCUUCCAACACAGAAUGAUCCGACCCAAGACAACUGGAAAAUGCCGACUCCUCCAACACAGAACAACAUACACAAUACUGCGCCAACAAGUUCGGCCUAUCCUGUAACUCCGGAGCGCAGACUACCCCGUGAAUCAACCGCCGAAACCAUCAAAAUUUAUUCUCCUCCCACAGUCCCUGCUGUACCCCCCAAUAUUGCCCCACUCCGUGGUAUGAACGCAUCUCGAUUUGCCAACGAUCGCGACAAUUUCAAUGAGCGAAGCGAACAGGGUCAACCAAUGGGUAGUCCUUUCCAAACUCCACCAGGCCUACAGUCGAAUCCCGCUAAUGACGAUCGCAGCAUCUACCCCGACGAUGAUCGGGUUACGGGUCAGAGGGCGCUGAGUUCCUAUUCGGAUGUUUCAUCGUUGCAUGAUUUGUCCAACCCUGGUGCUGGUGGACCUGAGACCCUUGCUGCCGCCAGAUACAACGGCGACAAUGUCUCGUCCAGUUCGAAUGCCCCUCAGAACUUCAACACCCUCAAAUCGAGACCGACGACAACAUUUACCGAGAUGUUACACGACGUGGGAUUCCCAGAUCCCUACAAGAUAGAUGAGCCUGUGCCCCCGGUUCCCAGUCGUUAUGGCAAAAGCUAG